AGUUUGUGGAUUUCAAAAAUGGCGGCGCGCGUAGACCAGACAGUUUAUUGAGUUUUUUUCACGAUCACGGAAAACGUUAUCUAAUUCCUUCGCAAAUAGUGGAUAAAAACCACCAUUAGAUAUUCUUUCUUUUUAAAAAUGCCGCCUUUAGACUGGGGAAGAAUUAUGCGAGUAGAUGUAGAGGUACUUCGAGAAGACGUCGAUGCAGCUGAUGACAUAUACGGCGUCUUGGAGAUGGGUUCAGUUACUCCGGACUCGGAGGAAGCUGUGGAUGUUAACAAGAUGAUUAAACUGUUUGAGGUCACCAAGACUGUUAUGAAGGUUAAAUCAUUACAAGCUGAACUGGCAGCUGAAGAAAUGACUAAAGGUGGAGGCGGAGAAAGAGAGCAGGAAUUAAUCGAUGAAAUUACCCAUUUAGAACGGGAAAUUCAGCAAUAUAGGAAAUAUGAAGGUGCUGGAGGGGAAGAUUUUAUGAGAGAGAUCCAGCAGAUUGAAAGCAGGAGAAGGGCUUUGGAACAAGAGUUAAAUGAAAAGGAAGAAGCCUUCUUCCAAGAAAAAAACAAAAAUGAUCAGAUGGUUGCCAAACUGGAUCAGGUUGAAAGAGAAAACAAGAACUUGAAGAAAGAUUUGGAUAGGAGUAAGAUGGACAUGAGAGAUUUGCAACGGCAGAUUGAGCAACAGAGAGAGAGUAUGGUUAUGCGCCGUGGAGAUGAUUCUGACUUUAAAGACAAGAUGUCAAAGAAAAACAAGGAGUUAACUGAGUAUCUGGAUGAAAUAAAGAUUCUUCAAGAAGCCAAUGAUGAAUUAGAAGACCGCAUCAAAAGUGCUGAGAAGGAACUUGAAGAGUCGACUGCAGAGAUGAACAAAAUGACAGAUGAGUACACCAAACUUAAGACCAUUCUACAACAAUCAGACAUGAUCAUUGAUGAUAUGAGAAAAGAAAGGGAUGCCCUGAGAGCACAGGUUCAAGACUUGAGAAUGCAGUUUGCCACAAAAACAGACACUGAUGAUCAAAUUAUGGUGGCUGUUAAUGCUAAAGUUGAUGAGUGGAAGGCUGUACUUGCAGCUAAAGAGAUUGAACUGGAGCAAUACAAGUCUUUAGUGCAGGAUCUACAACAGCAGGUUACAGGUCUGCAACUGGACACAGACAAAACAUCUCUGGCCAUGCUACAUCAGGCAAUGAUUGAAAAAGAUGAACAAAUUGAAAAGCUCAAAAAGGAAUUGGAAAAGGCAUCAAGUGAGAUGCAUGGAGUAGCUUCAUAUGCAGAAGAAGUCAAAGCCUUAUCAGAAAAAGGUGUUCCAUCAGCAUACCAACAGAAGAGAAUCAAGGAACUAAAUAGUACAUUGCAUAGGGAACAGUUAGAAGGGAUGCAAACCAAAGACAGAAUGAUAAUGGCAGAAAAGGCUGCAGCCAUGAAGGACAAGCAGUUGAAUGAUCUGUUGGCUCGAAUGAUGCAAUACGAAAGGGGAGAGUACGGUUUGAGUGAAGCAGUACAAGAAAUCAAAGACUGCAAGGCUCAGAUUCGCAUUAGAGAUCAGAACAUUGAAGACUUGACCAGCCAAGUGAACAACUUGGAGAUUAAAGUAAAUGACAGUGAGCUGGAGAAUGAGGAGCUGCGAGAACGACUUGGAAUGGAUCCAAAAGAAAAGCUGGACAUUGAAGAUGUCAGAACCAAGAAGAAAGUGAAAGCUGAACAGGCAGUGGCACUAAACAGGGCAUUAACUAAAGAGGUUGAAAGAUUAGAGGAAGAACGGCUUCAACUCAAGAGACAGCUCAGAAAACAGGCUUUGCACAGAGGUGCUAGAGCUGUGGAGUUAGGAAUCACGGCAGAAGACUUGAUCAUGGCAGAAGAACAGGAUGUGGUCUCUUCACCCAGACGACUUCCUGUGGUGGAUUCCGACAGUGAAGUCACCAAGGCUUUGAACAAGAGGCUUGAAGGCGAAGCGGAGAAGAAUGAACAACAAAUUGAAAAGUACAAGUCUAACAUGAAGAAGGUUGAAACAGAAAAUAAGGAACUUAAAGAUGAGAAUAAACAGCUGGAAGUAGGAAUGAGAGAGAUUUUAGCGCAACUGAGAGAACACGCACAGAAAGGGCCAGAAGAAAGAAGUCAAUUAAUUCAAGUACCAGCUUUAGAAAAACUAAUGGCUAUGAUCGAGUCAAGAAAUGCAGUUGGCCAGUAUGAUACCACAUUACAGUUAAAAGCACAGAUUGAACAACUGAGCGGGCGGAACGAGGAACUGCGACAUGAACUACAUAACGCAAGAGAAGAAACGGCUAAAGCUAUCAUGCAGUUAGAAAGGAAAAAUACCAAGAUUGAGGAUCUGGAAAAAGAUGUGAAAGUGUUAAAAGAGAUCGGCGAAGGAGCAGUGAAGUUACAACCAAUGCCUCUGCCACAAGGAAUGACACCGUCAUCAACUGAAAUCAUUGCUAGUCUGAAUGAACAUCUUGUACAAGUACUUCAAGAAAUAUCACUAAAGGAACGAUUGCUAGAGAAAAUGGAAAAGGACCUUGACGUGUUCAAGAGGAAGUUCUCAGUGAUUCUGCACCAAAAGGGGCUUCUAUAUAAUGACUUUCUGAAAGAAAAAGAGAAAUGGGAAGAGGAGAAGAAAGCGAUUGAAGAAGACAAAGCUGCAACUGAACUGGCCAGAGAACAUGAUAAAAUCAGGCUCUUAGAGUUUGAGCGGUUGCUCGAUACACUUGAAAAAGACGAGGAUAAACAGAAAAAGAGACUGGGCGAAAUGACCAGAAAGAUAACUGUGCUGCGAGUGAAUGAGAAGUCGCUAUCCAGGAGAUACACAGCUAUGCAGGAAGUAGAAGCUGCUCUCAGGAAAGAAAACAAGAAAUACAAGAAUGAUGUUGUUGCUAUGGAGACCGCCAUUACGGAACGUUUAGGUUAUCUUCAGAGACACAAGGAAAUGUCGACUUACAAGAUAGGAGUAUUACAGCAGGCAUUGGAUGAGAGUGUUCCAGCAACAGAACUCGAGGCAGCAAACAAACAGUACAACGAACUCACAGCCAAGUACCGUGACAUUAUACAAAGAGAGAAUAGCCUUGUUGCCCGUUCAGCCAUAGUUGACAAUCUCGAGGCUGACAAGAAGGCCUUGGAAGAGAAAGAAACCGAGCUGAAGAAAGAGAUGACUUCGUUAAAAGAACGAAACCACAGCUUGGAACAGAUGGUGAAUGAACUGUUAUCAAAAGAGGGUGGGGAGGGUGGAGGAGAUAAUGGCAUCGUGAGACAGGAGGAGAUUGAUAGAAUAUCAAGAAAGCUGGCCACACUGGAAAUGAAGGAACUGAAUGAAAGAGAGCGGGCAGAACACGCUACCAGGAAAUAUGACCAAUUACAGUCUCUAGUCAAGCAACUGGAGGAGAGGAAUGUUGAGUUAGAACAGAAAUUUGCAGAGAUCAGUAAGCUGAAUCUUGAAUCGCAGCGAAUAGAGCGGCAGCUUAGGGAUGAAAUCUCCAAUUCUGUCACGCAAGAGACGCACAUAGCGGUCACGCGUCGUAUCCAGUCCCUAGAGGAGUCCGAGUCCAAGCUGAAGGUGGAAGUGUCACGACUGAAAGAAGUGGCGGAAGUGGCGUCACACCAGACAGAAGCCAUCAAAGCACAACAAGAAUCACAGGACAGGGAGCUGACGUCUCUCAGAAAACAGCUCUACGACAUGCAGAUGGAGAGCGAUGACAAGACAAUUAUAGGUAAGUUGCAUCACCAUAUCGUGGCCCUUCAAGUGAGUGAGGGUACAGCCGUGAGGAAACUGGAGGCGGCCACACAGAAGUUGUCCAAACAAGAAGCUCACUUGUUGCGUCUGGAGAGGAAAAUAGAUGAAAAGGACCAGGCUCUGUACCACGCAAAGAUGGAAGCUAGAAACAAGGCAAAGUUCCUUAAGAGGACCAUUCAAGAUCUACGGAGGCAGUACAGCGGAGCCUUACCUCUAAUGAAACAGGAAAAAUUUGCAGACACCAUGCGCUCGCUACACGAAGACAAACGCAAGCUUGAAGGAGAGUUAAAGAAAGCCAGGACUGACAGAGAAGCUGCAGAAGAUAAGCUUGCUGAGCUCAAACUUCAGCAUGACAGCUUACAAGAACUCAUGGCCACGUUAAAGGACGGCAAAGGGGCUGCUAAAGUCACUGAGUGGCAUGCAAAGAUGGGAGAGAUAAGACUACAGGACCUUAAAUUGAAUCGCGCGAUUUCAAGGCUACAGGAAGAGCUGAAAUACCUGGAGAACAUCACGAAAGUCCAUGAACGUACAAUCUCCGACUUGGAAGAUGAAAAUGUCCAGCUUUCUAAGGAGCACGAAGAGCGGCAGUUGCUAUGGGAACAGAGGGAGGUGGAGCUAGAGCGCAUGAUUGACAAGUUAGAAAAGCAACAAGAACAACUAGCAGACGCGGCUGCUAAGUUCGAGGAGGCUACAGGCUCGAUCCCAGACCCCAAUCUGCCGGUGGCCAAUCAAUUGGAGAUGGCCAUAACAAAGAUUAAGGAACAUAUCAGGAUCAUCGUGGGAACGAGGGAAGAAAAUAAAGUUCUUAAAAAGAAACACGAGGAGCUGGAUCAAGCGUUCAAACAAUCUGAAGAAAGGCUAACUCAAAAGGACAAGCUUAUCAAUGAGCUCCGGUUGCGCCUUCCUCUGUCGGAGCGUGAAGAGAUCACAUCAGAAGCUAAGAAGGCGGCUGGGUUAAUAGAGGAGGACUAUGAAGCCAAACGAGCUCUCAAAGUGGCGCAGGCAACAGUCUCCAGUCUGCAGCAAAUGCUGGCUCGUAAAGAAGAAUCACUGACCAAGUACCAAGAAAUGUUGAAAGAAGCACGAGAGGAGGCCAAGUCUCAAACAGAGCAACACAAAGCAGAAAUCCAGCUCCUUCAAGACCGAUUACAUUUAGAGACAGACGAGACGUUUAAAAGGAAGAAAAUCUUCCAUAUGGAUUCAGUGAAUGCUGCUGGUCCGCCAGUCCCUACUCACAAGCAGUUGUCACGUUUGUCUGAGCUGGAGGAAAUGGUAGCAGAGCAGGACAAUGCUUUAGCUGUAGCAGCUGAGAAAUACAAGAAAUCACGAAAUGAGAUCAGUAAAAUGAAAAAAGAUCAUGAAGAGGAACUUAAUAAUCUCAAACAACAAAUGGCCAGGAAGAAGGAGGAGCAUUCCAACGAAGUGAAGAAACUAAACAGCGAGAAACUGGAGCAAGAUGACAGAAUAAUGGAACAGAGUAAAGCGAUUGAAGUGCUAAAGGAUGAACUGGAGACAGCGAAAGAGGCUGCACAGCGUGCGCCAAGUAAAACCAUGAAGCAUUUGGUGGAGAGACUUCGCAAUCAACUGGCCCUCAAGGAAAAACAACAGAAGUCCCUGAGUCAAGCUCUCCUGCAGCUCAGAGCUGACAUGGUAUCAACUGCAGAGGAAAACGUUCAGGCUCAUGCAAGAAAAGCCGAACAGCAGGCCAAUGUACAACACAUUGUAGAGAAAGAGACUGCUGGAUUACAGGCGCGUAUUGAGGAACUUCAAGAGAGAAUGGAGAAACUCAAAAAGGAGCUCAAGAAACAGAGAGAUAAGGAAUCAUCGUUGUUAGAAGAAAAGGACAGAUUAAAGCAGGAUCUUUCUAAAAAGGACUCUGCAUUGUUGAAACUUGGCAGUGAACUGAAAGAGUUGGAGACAGUUCAAGAGGAGCUUGAGAAAAAAGAGCAGGAAUUAAGAUCUGAAAGGAAUACGCUUGCUCAAGAACGUUCUGAAUUAGAAAAACUACGAGAGAAGGUGAAAACGCUUCAAGAAAAACUAAAGCAACAGAAACAGAAGACUGUGGAGGGUGGUGAAGAGGGGACUGGUACCGAAAAACCUGUUGUUGAGGAGAUGAUCACGCAAGACAGAGCGGCUGUGGUUACUGAGGGCGUGGCUCGAUGGGAAGAUAACAAGAAAUGGCAACAGAAAGUGGAAACGCUGCGAGGAAAACUAGCAGAGAAAACACGCGAGCUGGAGAAAGCAGAAAAGACCAUCACCAUGUUACGAGAUGCGGUCAGUAGGGCUGAGAAGGAUAAGGCCGGGCUCCACAACAGGUUAAAAAGUUCUGCCAAAUCAGUGGUUGGUGGUCCGCCUAUGGUCACAAACGAAGUUGUACAGGACCUUAAACAGAACAUCUACAAGCUGGAAGAAGAGAAUCAGAUGUUAAGGCGACAGAAAGUUCUUGGUCAUGACAGACAAAUGGAAGCGUUAGAGGUUCGGAACAAACAACUAAUGGAGUAUAUUGAAGGUUUAGAGCGAGACCUUGCUGGCCGCACGGCUGAACAGCGUUCAGUGGAUCAUGCAGACGCUGACAUGUAUCGUGAAUUAUAUCAGAGAAACCAAUCCCUUCACAAACAGCUCUUGGAAGCUAAGGAGGAAAAUAUGGAGUUACGUUUCGACUACGAGCAAGCUAGAAAGGAAAACCCUCGCCUCAAGGCCCGUGUGGAAGACUUGCAAGAGUACGUGGAAAUUUUAAAAGCGGAACUGGAAGCAAGCAAAAAGAGAGAAAAAGCUCGAAAAAAGAGCCUGGGUACUGGUAUGGGUGGUCAGAGUGUAGAGGACCUGGAGCGAGUGAUAGCAGCCAUGAGGCGAGUGGUGGAAAGACUUCAAGGAGAGAAUGAUCACUUAAAGAAAACUGUUGGAGCAGGAGGACCUCAGUAUGGCGAGGUGUUAAAAGAAAACAAACGACUCAAGCAUGAAUUAGAGAAAGCAAAGACCAGUGACAAGACCCAGUCCAUGCGCGGAGCUAGCGGUCAAGGCAACACAGCCAAACUGAUGACUGAAAACGAAAAACUACUCAAAGAUUUGAAAAAGGAAAUGGAGGAGGUAGAAAAACUAAAAACAGCAAACGCUAAUCUGGAACAAAGAAAAGAAGAGCUGGUGAAAGAAUUAGAACAGCUACAGCAGAAACUGUCCGAUUCAAACUUGGAAGGGCUUGACAGUAAGGAAUGGAAAUCAGUCGUGUUACCAAAGAUAUACGAGGAAAAGAUGCAAAAACUGGAAGCAGAAUUAGAGAAAAAGACAAAUCUUUUGAAAGAUAUCAAAACGUAUUUAAAAGCAGCUGCCAACAGAGAAACCGAAUUGAUGAAGAAACAGCAAGAGCUAGAGGAAAAGGUUGCAAUCUUGGAGAGAUUUCCCACAAAUAUCAAGACCGAUAGUGAUGUAGUUAAAGAACUUCAACAAACAAGGUUAAGGUUAGCAACUCUUGAGUCGGAGAAAGAAGAGAUGUUACACGAGGUGCGACAGCUGAGAAAAAUGGGUCGGGCUGGUGAUCUACCACGUGACUUGGAAAAUGAAGAAGUUCUUGAAAAGUUACGAAAUUAUGACAGAAUGAUGGCUGAUGAUGUGGAACUUAGAACAAGGUUAAAAACUGUGGAACUAGAGCGGGAUAGAAUGUCACACGAAGUCACAAAGUUACGAAAGGAACUCGGAGCCUUUGAUCCUGCAUUCUUUGAAGAGAUUGAAGACUUGAAGUACAAUUAUCAGAAAUCUGUGGAAAGGAAUGUGUUGUAUGAGCGACAGUUGAGACAGUUUUCCCGACAGUUUGGAGUCGAUGUUAAUAUACCCACAGAGGAUUAACCAACGUCGAGUGAAACCUGAAUGAAAAACUAGGAAUUCUCCUUAUAGGACCACACAAACAUGCUUACAAGCAAUAGACGUCCGGCGGAAGUCGUGUGUUCGACCGAAGGUCGUGCGUCCAACCGAAAGUGUUGCCUUCGACCGGAAGUGCUGCCUUCGAGCGCAUGCACUGGGACGGCAACUUCCUCCGCUAUGGUAGCUUGCAUGGCUGUCAGAUAGGCUGUUUUUAGUCCAGGCAUUCCUGCGUGGAGCAUACACACUCAACACACGGGCUUAAUAAGUUAAAAAAUAUUAAUUCUGCUUAUAACUCAUUCAUUUGUCCAAAAAUUGAAACUGUAAAAAAAUGUAAAUAUGUAUUUUAAGUCCUGAACAUAAAUUAUUUAUAAUUUAUUUUAGAUUCUGUAUUUUAUAUUGCGUAGGAAUAUGAAAUUGGUGUGCCUCUGCCUAUUAGAUUUGUAAUUUAAAAUUUACGGAGACAUUCAACUGGCUCAGGAUAUGACAAUAAAAAUAGGUUGGCAAUGCG